CACGCGGUCGUAGUCCGUCGUAACAAACGUCGUGUCGUUAAGAGCGUAAAUUUCCAAUUUUACACAUAGAUUUAUUGAAUUUCGCGAUAGCGUGUAUGGUGUGAAAUUAACUAUAUUCGUGCAAAAAAAAUGGCGCGAUACGGACAGAGACCAGAGAAUGCUCUGAAAAGAGCAAACGAAUUCAUUGAAGUAGGUAAGCCAGCUCGAGCACUAGACACUUUGCAAGAAGUCUUCCGCAAUAAAAAAUGGACGUACAGCUGGUCAGAGUCGGUAUUAGAACCGAUAAUGUUCAAAUACCUAGACUUAUGCGUAGAACUAAAAAAAUCACACAUAGCAAAAGAGGGCCUAUUUCAAUAUCGAAACAUGUUCCAAUCUGUAAACGUUGGGAGUUUGGAGAACGUUAUACGCGGAUAUCUGCGCAUGGCAGAAGAAAAAACAAACCAAGCACGAAAGCAGAGUCAACAAGCCGUUAUAGAUAUAGACGAUCUUGACAAUUUGGCCACCCCAGAGAGCAUAUUGCUGUCGGCUGUUAGCGGGGAAGAUGCUCAAGACAGAAGCGACCGUACCAUUCUAACACCAUGGGUGAAAUUUUUAUGGGAAUCGUACUGCCAGUGCUUGGAAUUACUGAGAACCAAUGCACACGUCGAAACGUUGUACCAUGAUAUUGCGCGUAUGGCCUUUCAGUUUUGCCUCGAAUACAAUCGUAAAACGGAAUUUCGCAAACUGUGUGAGAAACUGAGGAAACAUCUGGAAGAAAUUUGUAAAUUACCUGCAUUGGUCUCUAAUGUUUCCAUGAACAGAGCAGAGACGCAACAAUUGAACCUGGAAACGCGAUUGAAUCAACUUGACUCAGCAAUUCAAAUGGAAUUAUGGCAAGAGGCCUUCAAAUCCUCAGAAGAUGUGCACGGUAUGAUGAAUUUGUCGAAAAAGCUCCCAGUGCCAAAAACUAUGGCCAAUUAUUAUCAAAAGUUGGCGAUGGUUUUCUGGAAAGCAGGAAACUAUCUUUUCCAUGCCGCGGCGUUGUUCAAAUUGUUGCAACUCUCGCGUGAAAUGAAGAAGAAUAUGUCGCUCGAGGAACAGCAGAGAAUGGCCAAUCGCGUGUUGUUGGCUACGCUCUCUAUACCGUUGCCAUCGGCUCAUCCGGAAUUUGAUCGUUUUAUCGAAACAGACAAAAGUCCGUUAGAGAAAGCUCAAAAGCUUGCAACGCUUUUAGGACUUACGCAACCACCAACGAGAGUUUCUCUGCUUAAAGAUAUCGUUCGUUUAAACAUUGUAAAUUUAGCGUCCCCGCAGUUGCAAGAAUUGUACUCGUGGCUGGAAGUUGAGUUCCACCCUUUGGAGCUGUGCAACAGAGUAGAUUCUGUUAUUCAAACGUUACAAACCGACGAGACCGGUCCUCUGAUUCAGUAUGUACCCGCCUUACAGGACGUGACGCUUGUACGCCUGGUUCAUCAAAUAUCGCAGGUUUAUCAAACCAUAAAAUUUGACAGGCUCUUGGAGCUUGCCAAAUUCACGACAGACUUUCAUCUGGAACGACUCCUGGUCGACUGUGUAAGAUACAACGACAUGCAAAUAAGAAUUAACCAUGGAAAGAAAUGUGUUCACUUUGGGGUUGAUCUGUCCGAGGCUCAAAGAGAGGACCAUCCCGAUGGUCCUGUUCUACAAGCAAUGCCGUCUGAACAAAUUCGCUGUCAGCUUGUAAAUAUGGCUACUGUGUUACAUAGAGCAAUUAAUAUUAUUAAUCCAAACAAAAAGAAAAUGGAGAGAGAAAAGUUACGUAAUGCUAUGGUUAGUCACUACCACGAAACCAAGUUGAAAGAACAUCAAAGAAUCCUAGGAAGGCACAAGAUCAUAGAGGAGAGAAAGGAAUACAUCGAACAUAUUAACACGGUCCGCGAAGAAGAGGAGAUGCGAAGGCAGGAGGAAUUGCAGAGACAGCAAAUGUUAGCCGAACAAAAGAGGCUCGAGCAGGAAAGGGAAGAACGCGAAAGGAAACGGCAACAGAGCGAGAUUCAACAGAUCAAGGACCGCCAUCUUAAAGAGAAAAUGCAACAGAUCUCCCAGACUAGUCACGGUCAGAAAGUUCUGAAGAAAUUGGACGAGGACGAAAUAAAGAAAUUGGACGCGGAACAAAUCGCAGCCCGCGAGGCGGAAGAGUUGCAGAAGGAACGCCGGGAAAUGCAACAGAAAUUGAAGUCUCAGGAGAAGAAGAUCGACUACUUGGAACGUGCCAAACGUUUGGAGGAAAUUCCGUUGGUGGAGAAAGCGGCGGAGGAGAAGAUGGAGCAGGCGAAGCAACGCUGGGAGCAGCAAGAGGCGGAACGGAUCGCCGCGGCCAUCGAGGAGAGACAGCAGGCUGUCGCGACUCGGGAACGCAUGGCCAGGAUGAAGGAGGACAACGAUAUUUUCUUGACAAAGAUUUUAGCCGAGCGAAAGAAUAUUUAUAUAGAGAAAUUUACGGAGUUCGAGAAAAUCUUGAACGAGGAGAAGGCGAGUAGGCUGUUGAAGCGCAAGAUGGAGCGGAAGGCCGAGCGUAAAGCAAAAUGGGAGAAGGAACGGGCCGAGGCUCUCGAGAGGAAACGUUUGGAGGAUUUGCGUAUCAAGCAGGAAGAGGAGAAACGACGCUUGGAGGAGGAGAAAGCGAAGAAAGAGGAGGAGGAGAAAGCGAAGCGCGCCGAGGAAGAGGCGAGGGAGGCUGAACGUUUGGCUAAGAUCGAGAAACAGGCGGAGAUCACCAGGGCUAGGGAAGCGGAGAUAGAACGGAAACUCGAGGAGGAGAAACAGAGGGACAAGGACUCGUGGAGACGCGGGGAACAACAACAGCGCCAUCGCAUUCCUGAGAAAUCAAGCGCGUCUGUUGGAUUAGUGGAGAUGUCUUGGCGUCGUCCUGUGGACACAAAGGAGGACGGUGGUGGAGGCGGAGGCGGAGGCGGAGGAGGAGGCGGAGGCGGAGGAGGUGGUGGUGUUGGUGUCGGAGUCGGAGUCGGUGGCGGUGGCGGUGUUGGUGUUGGUGGCGGAGGUGGCAAAGACGAUACCUUGCGUUGGAAGAGACGCGACGCGGACAAAUGGAGGAAAGACGACUACGAAAAGGAUGACACGAGGGACAACAGAGACAGAGAUAGGGAUAGGGAUAGGAUAGACAAAGAUCGUGGAAUGGAUGCUCGUCCCAUACGCGAUAUUCCACGUGACCCCAUAUCGGAUGGACCUCGUACCCGUGGUAGAAUGUUCGAUCGACGCGGUGGACCGGGCAGCGGACCAGGCAGUGGACCAGGCGGCGGUGGUCAGCGCCGCGACGACACAAUGCGUAACAGUACUCAAAACUGGCGCGACAAAAGCGAAGUGAUACAAAAUCCUCCUCGAGAUUUGCCCAGACGCGAUGAAAAGCGGGAGGACCCUAAAGAUGACAGACUUCCACCUAAACACGAAGAAAAAAGACCAUCUGUGGAGGAUGACGGAUGGUCGCAGGUUAGCCGGCGUUAAUAUAGGGCAUGAAAACUACCUAUAGGAGCAACGUUUUAUUAUUCUUCAAGAUCAGUGCAUAAUACGCAGUUAGACUUUUGCCUGAAGUUCAAUGACGGGCCCAAAACUCUACUGUUUCAUGCACCGCUUCGUUUCUCCUCCGAUAUACUCGUAACGAUAAAAAGAAAGCACAAAGAUGAUCGUUAGCCAAUUCACCCGCAUUACGACAAAACAAAAGGAAAACGUUAUGUAUUAACAGGCGACGAUAAAAUUGAGUUUUUAUGAUAUUUUUAAACUCGGAACAAGAAUUUUCUAAAUCGACCACGCUGCGUUACAUGCAUUAGACUUGUAAAGAAACCCGAAAAAAAUUCGAACAAUAUACAUAUUAAUUAGUGUAUCACAACUGUAUGUGAAAUAUGAAUCAAUGUACAGAGUAGAAGGGAUGGUGGACUGUAUGAAUGCCGAAGUAUUUAAUUGACUAGGUAACCUGACGGCAGAGGUGAAAAGUCUCAAAACAUCAAUAAAGUUUUCUUGUAUCCUGA